AUGCCCCAUUCACGCUCAACGGAACGAACAUAUCCGAAUGCACCAGCUACGUUUAUCUGGGUCGGAACUGAACGUGAUGAACGACCUGGCCUCCGAGCCGGGCAGGAGAAGACGAGCGGCUUGGGGAGCGUACAAGAGCAUCGAGGAUGUAGUGAAGAAGACCAGGAACACCCGGCUCCGUGCUCACCUCUUCAACACCACCGUACUUCCUUCUUUGAUCUGUGCUUCGCAAACCUGGGCAUUUCGCAAGCAGGAAGAAGUUCUCUCCUACGUCAGCGAUCGAAGAUUAGAGACGCCGCAGCGUUUGCCAAGGAAAAUAAAAUAAGGUGGGCCGGACACGCGAUGCGCUUUAACGACUACCGUUGGACCAGAGCCGUGAGCGACUGGGUUCCCCGCGAUAUUAAGCGCACUACAGGAAGACCGGCAACCUGA